AUGUCUAACACUGAAAGAACUUUUAUUGCUGUUAAGCCAGAUGGUGUUCAAAGGGGUUUAGUCUCCAAGAUCUUGUCUCGUUUCGAAGAGAGAGGUUUCAAGUUGGUUGGUCUUAAAAUGAUCAAUGCUUCUCAAGAUUUGUUGGACCAACAUUAUGCUGAACAUGUUGGCAAGCCAUUCUUCGCUAAAAUGACUGCAUUCAUGAGAUCUGGUCCAAUUGUAGCUACCGUAUGGGAAGGUAAGGAUGUCGUCAACCAAGGUAGAAGAAUCUUGGGUGCUACUAACCCAUUAGACAGUGCUCCAGGUACUAUCAGAGGCGAUUUUGCAAUUGAUUUAGGUAGAAACGUCUGCCAUGGUAGUGAUUCUGUCGAAAGUGCUAACCGUGAAAUCAAUUUGUGGUUCAAAAAGGAAGAAUUAGUAAACUGGGCUUCUGUCCAAGCUACUUGGAUCUACGAAUAG